AUGUCUUUCUGCCUGACUGAGAUGCACCUGUGGUCUUUGAAGAAUACCUUACAUGUUGGGGAUGAAGACAUUGGGAUCUAUCAAUACUAUGACAAGAAAGAACCAGUAUCACAAAUGAACCAUGGUUACUUAGAAGAGAAACAACAGCUUGUGGAAUCUCGAGAUUAUCCUUGGAUACUUAAAAACAAACGCCCAGAAAAACUGCGCGAUGCUCUCAAGGAGCUGGAGGAGCUGAUGCAAAACAGUCAGUGUGUGCUGAGCAAAUGGAAGAAUAAAUAUGUCUGUCAGCUCCUCUUUCAUUCAGGUGUACUGGUGUCCCUAAGCCUUUCUGGGCCACAGCUGGAGAAAGUGGUGAUUGACAGGACCCUGGCAGGGAAGCUCAUCUCCGACACCAUCAGUGAUGCUGUUCUUACAGACAGUUUCAUCAUCUUGUCAUUUUGGGAGCAAAACAAACUCUGCUUCAUUCAGUUUACAAAGAAGACAGGUUCUCCUGAUGUAAACAAAAGACUGGAAAAACUCUCAUCCUUGGAUUUUAAGAUUUCUUAUAUUGAUAUACCUGGACCAGCAAGUAGAAGGAUAAAACGUCACCUGUCAAUAAAUUGUAUCCAAGAUAUGGUCAUUUGCUGGUGGUCACUGACUAAUGACGGAGCGUGGCCUUGGUCUCCUAUUUCCAGUGAGAGGGACAGAGCCAACUUGUUGUUAUUAGGCUGUGCGCGUGGCAGACUAGAGGUUCUGAGAUACAUCCAUACAGAAUGGGAUCCACUUGAUGCUAGCUUUAGCACUAAUCAGCCUUAUCAGGUUCACACAGUGGAGCACUCCAUCAGCGCAGACAAAGAGCCCAUGGCUGACAGCUGCAUCUAUGAGUGGGUUAGGAACAAACUUCAGUGCAUGGCAGUCACCAGAAUACCACUAAGAUCCAAGGCCAUCAGUUGUUGCAGGAACAUUGCAGAAGACAAGCUGGUCCUGGGCUGUGAAGAUUCUUCAAUAAUUCUGUAUGAAGCCCACCAGAGAAUGACUCGGUUAGCCCAGGCAGAACUAUUGCCUGCUUUAAUAAACUGCCACCCCAGUGGAGCCAUAUUUCUGGUUGGCAGCUCUCAAGGCGAGCUGCAGCUUUUUGACAUGGCACUGUCCCCAAUUAAAAUACAGCUUUUGGCAGAAGACUGCUCACCUAAAGCAACUUUGCAGUUCAGUAAACGGUUUGAUGUGUCUAGCAGCCUCAUCCAGAUACAAUGGGCAGCUCCUCACACCGCCUCUGACAGCGACAACAGCAUGGAUGUUCAUGACCUUCUGUUAAUUCGGUUUGACAAAGGACCUUUAGGAGUACUUCAGUUUAAACUUGGUGUCAUCACAAGAGGACGGCUGGGCCUUGUGGAAAUCAUCCACCAGUAUGUUCGUUAUGAUGAGAUAUAUGAGGCGAUUAGUGUCCUGAGCAGCAUGAACUGGGACACUAUGGGUCAUCAGUGUCACAUAAGCAUGAGUGCCAUUGUAAAUCACCUUCUUAGACAAAAGCUGACACCAGAGAGAGAAGCACAGCUUGAAGCAAGCCUUGGAACCUUUUAUGCUCCAACAAGACCCCUGUUGGAUACGACUGUGUUGGAAUAUAGAGACCCAAUCAGCAGAUAUGCAAGAAGGUUCUUCCACCACCUGCUCAGGUAUCAGAGAUUUGAAAAGGCAUUUCUGCUCGCUGUUGACAUAGGUGCUCGUGACCUGUUUAUGGACAUCCAUUACCUUGCAGUAGAUAAGGGUGAAUUGGCACUAGCUGAAGUGGCAAAGAAAAAAGCUAACGACAUUGAUGCAGAAUCAAUAACUACUGGAGUUGCUCUUUUGGGGCAUUUAGACAGAGAGGAUUCUUCAGAUGAAGCUUUUGUCGCCCUAUCUCUAACAUCGCAAGAGGAACAGACAUUUCAGGAUGCCCUCCCUCCCUCUGGCUCAAACUUCAGACACACAGCACAGAGCAGUUCUAACAGUUCUGCUACCCGUAGACAAAGAGACAACAGGGAGAGUGCGCUUGGAAUGGAGAGCAAUGCUGCUUCUGUAAUGGAUAAACCCUUGUCCUGGAAUCCAGCAGCAAGUUCAGGGAAUUUUGGGGACGUUCACACAGAACAGGAGACUGGAGGAAGUGGAUCUCUCAAAGUGGUUCACUUUGGUCUAGUAUAA